AUGUUUCCUCUCGCUUGUGUCUCCUUGCUAUUGACACCUUUGGCUUUGGGAGUCGCAAAUGAGGAGCUCAGUGAUGGGUCGUGCGCCUUGUCUUUGCGAGCAGAGACACAGAGCUCACCGACCCCACUUCAGUUUGUUGGCGGACCAAGCAUCGAAGCCACAGAAUUUGUUCAAGCGUCACAAGUGCGCUCAAGGGACGACAUGCCUUCCACGAAAGACUGCCGAUGGGAACUCUUCGAGCAGCCUCUGUCGCACUUCGACCCUACAAAUGUUACGUUCCAGCAGCGGGUCUGCAUCUACGAUGGCUACGUCGAUGGAGAUGGUGGACCUAUCUUCUUCUACCCCGGGCAUGAGUCACCAGUCGACUUCUAUAUCAACAACACCGGGCUUAUGUGGGAGGUUGGGAAAGAGGUGGGUGCGCUACUUGUCUUUGCAGAGCACCGCUACGUUGGAGAAUCUUCCCCGACACUGACUGGAAUGAGUGGCUGCUUGAAGUACCUGACCACCGAGGAGGCAAUGGCAGACUUUGCCAAGAUCGCCUGGAAUCUCACGCGCGUCGCAACCGAAGAUGGCAGCUAUGCUGCGCCGACCUCCAAAAUCGUGGCUUUCGGGGGCUCCCAUGGCGCGCGGCUCUCAACUUUAAUGCGUCUCAAGUACCCGCACUUGAUUUCGGGCGCAAUCGCAUCCUCCAUGAUCGCCAACAACAUGGUGGACACGCCGAAGGAGGAGUGGGGCAAUUACUACAGGGUGAUUCGAAAAGGUAUGGACUUGGUGCCACACUGCGGAGAUGGCAUGAAUGGCUACCAGGAGAAGAAGGCCUCACUCAUUGCUCCCGUGCUAAAUGCUGCCAUACCGGGUCUUUGCAAGCCGGUGGAGACUGACAUGGAUCUCAUCGGCCUUCACCAAGCGCUUACAACAAACUACCUUGACAAGCUGGCACGGUCUAGCUUGCCUUUUGAGUCCAACUACAUGACCGCCGGAUCUUACUUGGAGAACCCUGUUGUGCUGCCUCCCUGGGCCCUCCAAGCCCUGUGUGAGAAGUUCAACGAGACGGCGGCAGGAGUCACCAUCACGGGCGACAUGGACAAGCUCAUCUACACAAUGAAGAUGAAGGGUGUGACCAUAGAGGUGGAUUGGGGCACCACGCUAAACAACGAGUACUCGGCUGAGGAGCUCAGCAAGAGUGGAAUGCCUGAACUCAUUGCUGCCAUACUUGCGGCACAGCAGAGCAUCUGGGGUGAGGGCAAGCACUCCUUCAUCCCUCAGCGAGUCAGCAUGCAAGGGCCUGCGGAUGUCUGCACAAGGGAGCUGAACAGCUCGAAGGCAUGGGGAGUGCUGGUCGCCAAUGACCUCAACUACGCUGCAGAGGCACCGCCAACCGGCUUGGUUUACUCAGCCCCGCCUUGGCAAAGCUUCGCGCGUGACUGGACAGUCAAGGAGAAGAUUCAGGAACAAGAAGCAGCCACAGCGAGGACAGUCCUGAAGUGGGCAACUGAGGAAGGGCUCCCAGGCGCGAGGCCGGGUAAAAUUGACUUGUAUGCCGACGAGUUCAAGUUCAGCCUCAAGAGCAUGGUUCGCGAGAUGUCGAAUGUCUUCUUCACGGUUGGUGAGCUGGACCCCUGGGGCGGGUCCGGCCUCACAGAAGAGAUGGCCAUACAGCAUCCGUCGAACGGGUUUGCCUUGAUCAAGCGCGGAGGGCAUCACGUCGACCUGUUUUUCAGCACCGACCAGGACUAUGAGGAACUCCGUCAGGUCCGGGAAGAUGAGAAACGGUUCAUCAAGAGCAUCAUAAAAGGAAAGUGA